ACAAGUAAGCUAUAUACAUGUAUUAUAAAAUUAAAAAAUGACAUUUAAUACUUAACCUCAAUUGUCUGUUCAAAUCGUAAAUGAAUAAAUUACCAAAUAGUAAAUGGCUUUUGUAAUAAAAUUUGCCAAGGGCGUGCGAAACCACUGGAAAAAAUCAAUUAUUGCUGCCCUAGCUACAACUUACGGUAUAAACUAUGCAAUCGAGAAAAACCAAAUUAAUUCCCUUAUGCGCGUAUAUUGCGAAAAAGCGACAGAGUACGGAAAACAACCAAUUUCGUCCAAUGACCUACCAAGAACAAUUACAAUAAUUUUAAAUCCAAACGCCAAUAAACGGAAGGCAUUAAAAAAUUUCGAAAAAUACUGUGCCCCUAUUUUAAAUUUGGCUGGUAUUUGCGUCGAUGUGAUUCAAACGAAUGCUGAGGGACACGCUAGAAGUUUAAUGGAAACUUUACCUCACAGUGAUGCUGUUGUUGUGGCUGGCGGUGAUGGAACUUUAUCAGAAGUUGUAACUGGAAUGUUAAGAAAAUCUAACGAGGAUAAAAGUAGUUUUUAUCCUCUUGGCGUUUUACCUUUGGGCAGAACCAAUUGUGUGGCUAAAAAUUUAUUUCCCGGUGGAAAAAAUUUAGAGGAUGUUCGAUCACUUGCAGAUGCUUCUUUAGCUGUGGUUGAAGAAAUGACUAAACCUGUUGAUAUUAUGAGAAUUGAGGUGGUUGAUACUGAAAAUCAAGGAAAACCGGUUUAUGCUGUUUCUGGAAUUGAAUGGGGCGCUUAUCGAGAUGCAGAAGUGAGAAAAGAUUCUUAUUGGUACCUUGGAGUUUUAAGAAAAUACGCAACCUACAUUUUUAAUGGUUACAAAAACAAUUUAACUUGGGAUUGUUCAGCUUUAGUACGAUAUUCAGAACCAUGUCAAGGUUGUAGUAAUUGUUACAUUGAAAAUAAUCCACCAAUAGCAAAAAGGUGGUAUCAUAGGUUUCUCUCAAAUAAAUCUACAAAACCAAAAGCUGCAUUACUAGUAAACGAAAAAUGUUCAGAACAAACAGAAACAAAAAUAAAUACGACAGAUUUAUCUAUUUUAACUUCAAACGCAAUUAGUGCUUCAAAUCAAGACGAUGAAUCGAAUGACAUUCCAAGUCUUAUUGUACGAUAUGGACCGAGUACAGUGAAUUAUUUUGAUUUUGUAACGCAAGGUUGGAAAAAUGAGCAUGGACAAGAUCGAACGGUGACUAAUAAAAUAUUAGCCAGACAAAUUGAAAUUGAACCCGAAUUGGUUGAGAAUAAAGAAUUAUUUUUUUCUAUUGAUAAAGAGGCUUUUGAGGUGAAACCGGUUAGAGUUACUUUAUUACCCAAAUAUAUACAAAUGUUUUGUAAAAAAUCUGUUAUAAAUGUGUAAUAAAAUUCUUUAUUUAAUUAAAUUGGAUAAGCUUCA